GAUGUUACCGAGGGGUUCAUUUUGAUGUAGCACAAUUUUGGUGCACGGCGCAGAUCUGACAACACAUGGAUGGGUUGCUCACAGUUAAAAUAAACGCCUCAUCAGUUAGCAGAUCGUUUAAAACACAGCUGCUCGCGUAACUGCUGUGAAACAACCCCACUAACUGACCGCAGACAUGGCCGACAAGACGCCGAAGGAGUCCGAUGCCCGCGUUGCCACCAGGAUAGACCCCACAAAGGAGGGUUUAUCGAACGAGCAGCUGCAUUUUAUCCGGCAGGUAGAGCUCGAGCAGUGGAAGAAGAAGACGCAGAAGCUGCGGACGCGAAAUGUAGUGACGGGACUCGCCAUCGGAGCUCUGGUUCUGGGGAUCUACGGCUACACAUUUUACUCCGUCUCUCAGGAGCGGAUCAUGGAUGAAAUCGAUGAGGAGGCCAAGCAAGCAAGACUGCAGGGGCCAAAGACCGGUGCCAACUGAGACGCACGUGUCGCCCGUCUGUCGUUGGACUGUGUGUCUGUUCUGCACUUAACUGAGACGGGACUUAUGUGGACACUGAAGCCACUGAAUUAUAUUCCAAGGCUGGCCGCUGCUUUUCAUGUGGACACAGCGGUGGACUCUGUUUUGUGUUGAUUGUGAAGGUUAAUUGUGAGGUUCUGCUGCUGACUUAUUGCUUGAUGUGUCUUGAUUUUGAUUGUCAGUGGAGGGGACUAAUCCACUGACCUUGCAUGCUACUCAAAAGGCCCACACUGUAGUGUAAUUACAACCCUUACUGAACAGGUUUUCAGCCCUGAUCAUGUGAAAUGCACACAGGGGGGAGAGAAUAUCCUAAAUUUCAGUCAACAGUGGCCUUUAACAGCAGAGAGUGGCGGUGACACUGCUGAAAUGACACACGGAUCAACCUGUUCAAACAUUUAUGUUGAGAAAGUGAUGCUUUGUAAAAUAAAAAUAUAAUGUAUUUGA